UUACAUCACCGAUGUGUAUCGGUAAAUAAUAAAAACGUGUAUCAUCAUGUUUUAAACGUUUUUCUUUUAAAAUCUACUUAUAAAAAGAGUAUUUAAAUGACACCCAGUCAAGAGAUAUUUUAAGUAAUGUGGAUUAACCUUCAUUUUUCAUACUGACAUGGUUAUUUCUGGAAUUGGGUUAGCUAUUCGCACUUUGUUAAUCAUUCAAGGUUACCUACGUCAUCGGAAGAAAAUAAUCUCUAAACAAAAGCAAAUCUUGUCUCCUCCCUUAAAAAGAAAUCAUUUCAGUAUUUUUUCUUUCAAAUAAUGACGACUUAUUAAAUAUUUUAAGUAAAUUAACAAUGAAAAUGUAUUUGACAUUUUUUUCCAAUAUUUACGACGCAUGUUUAGAGAGUGCGUCGGAUUAUAUCCUAUUCAAGGAAGUUGUACUGGAAUCCAAGGUCAUCGGAGGGCGAAUGGGAGUAGGGCAAGUGCACUUUAUGACGUUAUAAACACAGAGAAUAACUCAUACUCGUCAUUUAUGAUAUUGACAGCGCCAGCGACGGUUGGAUCGUGGAUUACAUUACUGAAACGUUCACAUCUAUUCUAUUGGGAAAAGAAUUACUUGGAAAAUAAUUUCAUGGGAUUAGGAUUUAUUUAACAAAUUACACCUAGAUGUUUGACUUGACUGUUGGAACUAUGUCACAGUGUUAUGAUCGGGGAUCAAUCUGUGCGUGCCCUCCCGUGGCAUAUGAACCGCACAAAAUGCAAAGACUUAUGCCAAGACAUACGUUUUUCUAUCCUAUGGAUUCUUCAUCGAAUCAGCCGAACUUGUUACAAUCAGAUACCUCCGGCCAUGUAAUAGACUGUGAAACAAAGCAGAGCAACACAUUGCAAAGUGUUCUCUUAGGAAAGGUCCCAGCGGCAUAUUCUCAUUUGACUUCUCAUCGAAAGUCACCCUACCAACUCAGUCCACCUCAUAGCGCCUCAUCUCCUCGAAGGAGUCCACACACACCCAACUCAUUCUUGAACAUUCCGUCACGGACGCCACCCAACACUUCACCCUUGUCGUUCCAGAUUUCUCAGGAGAUUCCAUAUCAGCAUCAGUUGUCUCCCCCGUGUCCUGCCAUCGCUUCACCACACCGGUCAUCACCAAGACAUAUGCCAUCGCCACAUUUGAUGCCAUCACCACACCCCUCUUCUUCGCCUCGACAUUCAAUCUCACCUGCUUCAUCUUGUUCAACAGAAAUUUGUCAAGAGGAGCCAAUUGAUCUAUCUUGUAAAGUGGUGAAGGACGAAAAUAAUACUCCUAGCGGUGAAGACAGGGACAAUGGGGGUUUUUCUUUGUUAAGGAACUUACUGUGUGUAGGAAAAAACAAUGAAGCAAGUUCCCAGAAGUCACAGGACAUCGCCAAUGAUCACGGCGACAGUGAGCCCUGUGUGGGGGUACACGUCACCGGAACAACACCCGUGACUCUGGCCAAGAAAAACAUGUACCCAGUGGGAUCGCGUGUGUCGGACUGGCUUGUAAAAGUCAUUCAAUUUGCAAAAUCCAUUCCGGAAUUUGUCAAUCUCUCCCACAAUGACAAAGUUACAUUGAUUUUAAAUUCAUGGACUCGGUUGCUGAUUUUGUACAUGUCGGAGAGUAACUUUCAGUUUGCUGUGACCCCCAUCCAUUCCGAGCAGCAGAGUGAGGAUUGUGAAGGACCCCCACCCAGUCAGCCAACCAUGAAAUCAGUCGAAAAUCUUCAGGGCUUCAUCCGCAAGUGCCAAACGAUGAAUCUCGAUCAGAAAGAAUAUGCUUUCCUUCGAAUGGCAGUUUUGUUUAAUUCUGGUUACGUGGGGUUGGACAGACCUGAUCAGGUAGAACAACUGAACUCUCUAAUCCAGCAACUCCUGCAGGAGCAUGCCCGCUCCACCCGCCCGGCUGACCACCUCCACUACAGCCGGGUACUGCUCUGUCUCCCAGCUCUCUACGGCAUCAACUGCAAAAUGAUCGAAAAUCUCUUCUGCAAGCAUAUCAACGGGAAUAUGGACAUCGAUGUUCUCUUAAAAGAAAUGUUACAAAACUUAUAGCAAUUCCAUGAAGUGAUGUAUUUUUUAAUUGUUGUUUUAUUUAUUUUGUGGACUUUAUAAGACGCUGGGCGUCUCUAUUUUGAUCCUUCAUUCCAUGGAGAGUGCGAAGUCUUAAUGAAUGCGGAAAUGUUGUAAACACUCCUUAAGGUGAUAACAUGUAUGAUAUUAUUUCUUGUCAAGAGUCGUGGUUGACGCACUUUCCUUCUUCUUCACCAUAAUUUGAUGAUUAAGAUAGUUGAGUUAUUGACCUUGAUAUUAUUCGUCCAGAGAUCGCCGACCUUGCGUUAACGGCGCCGAGGGUUCAGUCAACUCCCCGCAGAAAAAAAUGCAUUAUGUUCAACCUUUGGCGAAUUAAAUGAAGUAGAUGAAAAGAUGAGCAUAUGAGGUGAAAGUAAUCAAUAUUGAGAUUUUAUGUUCCUUCGUGCGUCAACCUUUCUUGUCACUGCCCUGUGUAUCAGAAAUGAGAAUGAACAGUCACUAUGUUUAGUUUGAUUGUCGUAAACAUAUGAGUAAAUGUCAUAUCCAUUUUAAUUUAUUUUUCUUUUUUUAACAAUAUUAAAAUAUAUAAUAACUCUGAA